GGCCGGCGAAUUUUCUUCACGAUUUCUGAAUACUCACCUCUUCUCGACUCCUCAGACAUGACCAUGGACGACUGGUUGCGUAUUGCCCGUGACGUCGAGGCAGACUAUCACAAAUACGAUGGCUUUAUUGUGCUUCAUGGCACUGAUACUAUGUCCUAUACAGCAUCAGCGCUCUCCUAUAUUCUGGAGAAUUUGGGAAAGUCUGUAAUUAUCACAGGCUCUCAGAUUCCCAUCUUUGAGAUACGUAGCGACGGCCGGGACAACUUUCUCGGUGCUCUGCUCCUGGCUGGAGGCGAUUAUUCGAUCCCGGAAGUUACAGUUUAUUUUCAUAAUAAGUUUAUUAAGUAUUUCUACUUGAACACUGACAUAAUGGAGCCUCGGAAUCUCACCUCAGGUCAUUUUAUUAAUACAAGACUUGGCAUUUCAAUGAGCUCAGAUACACUUAGAUUGCUUUCUUUCGAUAUCGAGUUGUAUCUUAAAGGCUCUUCUCACACAGGCUGA